AUGACGACGUCGCGACAUGGCUUUUCGCGGCUCGUUUGUUGUGUAUGUGUGCUUACUUUUAUAGCCAAACAUCCAGAUGGCGCGUCACUCACCGAGGCGUUCAACAACCGGCUCAUCUACUACACCCGGUCACGCGGCCUCUUCCGGUACUGCUACCCGAAGGAGAAGCCGCCAGCGUCAGCUGUUCAAAUCUACCUCUCACCGGUGGAGACCCACUGCUCCAACAUUGACUACUUCCCGCAAACCGAGGAGGAUAAAUCAUCACCCUCGUUCAACGAGGACAUUAUGGCUCGCCUGCACCUGGCCCGUUCCGUCAUUGCCGCUUUCGUUUUAAGUUUCGUUGCCAUCUUCUGCGCCUUCUGGACCGGUCUGUCCGGAUGCUGGAAGCGAUCUGCCGGUGCCAUUACGGCCACCGCGAUACUGAUGCUGACGGCGUGCCUGCUGGCGGCCGGCGCCAUGGGACUCUGGCACACCGUCGAGUUCUUCGAGAAGGAGAAGGUCGUUGGUGAUGACUUCUUCCAGAGCUGGACGACGGUUCUCCGUGACAACACCCGCAUCUCGUAUGACUGGUCGUACAUCGUGGCCUGGGCCGGCGUGGCGUCCUCGCUGCUGGCCUCGAUUCUACUGUCCGGAGCGGCCGUCUGCCUGCGGGGCGAACGUGAAAAGGAGGAACAGCUGAACCUGCAAUACCUGAUGCCCGUGUAUCCUCAAAAGCAGCCCCCCUACCCCUACGGUGGUUUUCCCCAACCUCAGCUCUACCCGCAGCCAUACUAUCACGGAUCGCAGUACGGACCGUACAACUAUUAAGUGUUUGACCUCCCCUCCGCCGCGAGGCCAGUUUUGAGUCAAAUUUUGUCCAACCCUCGAGGACGACCAUAUUCUUACCUACGAACGCGAUUUAGUCCCUUUUUGUUUUGUUUUGUAACUCAUCCUUAACACACACACACCUACACACAUUACACAUUCGAAAUUCAGUGAGAUCGUGAGAGAUCGUGAUGAUGCGAGAUAUGAACGUUUAACAUUUAAAUAAUAAAGCAAUUCGAAUGGGCUGUUUUCAGCCUUAUGCGCA